CAGAGCAGCUGCCUCGUGGGCCCACCAGGGUAGAAUUCCCGGGGGCUUUGUCUGACUGGGCUGGGCCAGGGCAGAAUGGGGGUUCUGGUGGUGCUCUUCGGGGUGCUGAACUUCCUGGGGGCAGCUCUGGGGGGCUCCCCUGCCCUCCACUUGCACAGCACCUCCUGCCACUUGGCCAGACCCAUCUCUGGCAGCCCUUUGGGGUCCCUUAGCUUCUUGGGCAAGGAUGCCCAGGGACUAGCCCUGUUCCAUGCCCGCUGGGAUGGGCACGGGAGGCUGCAGGUGUGCAGCCGGCAGGAUGAGCCAGAGCUCACUACAGCCUUCAGUACCCUCUGUGCUGGUGAGAUCACCCAAGACUCCUUCAUCCACACCCCUGGACCUGAGCUGCAGAGAGCCCUGGCCACCCUUAAGAGUCAGUGGGAGGCCUGCAGAGGGCCUGCCGAGAGUCUAGCAGGGACCAGGGAGAAGCGAGCAGCAGGGCAGAGUGGAGCGCCUGGCAUGGGGAACCCGCGGGUGAAGAGAGGCUGGACCAUGCCUGGCACACUGUGGUGUGGAGUCGGGGAUUCUGCCGGGAACUCAUCGGAGCUGGGGGUCUUCCAGGGCCCCGAUCUCUGCUGCCAGGAACACGACCGCUGCCCACAGACUGUCUCACCCUUCCAGUACAACUAUGGUAUCCGAAACUACCGACUCCACACCAUCUCCCACUGCAACUGUGAUGCCAGGUUUCAGCAGUGUCUGCAUAACCAGCGGGACUCCAUCUCUGACAUCGUGGGCGUGGCCUUCUUCAACGUGCUGGCGAUCCCCUGCUUCGUGCUGGAGGACCAGGAGGCCUGUGUGGAGUGGUACUGGUGGGGCGGGUGUAGAACAUACGGCUCUGUAUCCCUCGCCCGUCUCCAGCCCAGGAUCUUCUACAAUGCCUCCUGGAGCUCCCUUGCCAUCCCCCUGACUCCCAGUCCUCAGAACCCAGCGCCCAGCAAGCCUCGGUGGAUUCAGCACCCUCAGAAGUGGCCAGCACAGCAGAAAGAGUCCAAGUACCCCAGCCAAGCCAACGCCACAGCCCUCCAGGCCCCUGUGGCCUCCCUUGGGCCUGAUGUGGCCUCCAUAGUCCAGCUGGAGGUCACCGAUUCAGGCCUCCAGGGACCAUGGCGUGGCCUAAAACCUCAAGGUGCCCGCCAGGCCUGCCGCAGCUUCCGCCGCCUGGACCAGUGUGAGCACCAGAUCGGGCCCCAGAAGACCAAGUUCCAGCUGUUCAACAAUGCCCGUGAACCCCUCUUCCACUGCAACUGCACGCGCCGUCUGGCACGCUUCCUGAGGCUCCACAGCCCACCUGUGGGUGCCAACAUACUUUGGGAGCUGCUGGGCAAGACCUGCUUCAAACUGGCCCCUCCACUGGACUGUGCUGAGGGCAAAGGCUGUUCCAGAGACCCCAGGGCCAUCAAGGUGUCAGCUCGGCACCUGCGGCGACUUCAGCAGAGGCAACUCCAGCUCCAGGGGACAGGCACAGACAGCAGGCAGGCAUGGACUUCAGAGCACCCAAAGGCCCCCAUGUCAUUCUAUGACCGGUGCCUGCAGCUGACCCAGGGAGCCGGAGGACCUGAAGGACAGCAGAAAUCCUGGAACCAGUGACCUCAGUUCCAGCUCUUCUGGGCACAAGACUGGACCUCGUCCCUGGCUUUGCUUAGGCCCUGGAGGUCUCAGCUUCCCCUCCACGUGUUAGACUGAAGCAUGGACGGGGUCUUGUGGAUAGCCAGAGGGCUGCAUGGAUAGGGUGGGGGGGCCAAGGCCCAAAUGCUGGACCACGUCUCCUGCUGUGCUGGGUGAUCUUGGGCUGGUGACACAACCCCUCUGUGCUUGGAUGUGGUAUUCAGGAGGUUCAU